AUGUCAGCUACCUCUGUAGACGGCGACCCAAUCGACACAAAAGAGAACCUCAGGCGAAUGGCUGCUGGUGAACUGUACUAUGCCUUCACGCCAGAUCUAAUUGCGGCUCGCAAGAGGGUCGAAGUUGCCUACAAACAAUUCAAUAAGGCCGAGAAUGCUUCGCGGCGGGAACUUGCCGAGAUUUGGAACGAUGUCACCCAGGAUAAGACGCCGCUCCCCCCCAAGGCCGCCACAGAAGAAGAAGACGAGGAGCUCCUCCAAGACCUGGCUUGGGUUGACCGACCCAUUGGCAAGAUUGACUACGGCUAUAACAUCAAGCUGGGCAAGAAUGUGUACAUCAACAGCAACAGUGUCUGGAUAGACACGUGCACCAUCACCAUUGGGGACCGGGUCAUGGCCGGACCCAACGUUCACUUUUACUCUGGUACGCACCCGGUCGACUACCGCGUCCGCAACGGCACGCGUGGCCCCGAGAGCGGCGGGCCCAUCACCGUCGGCGACGACUGCUGGCUGGGCGGCAACGUGACCAUCCUGGCGGGCGUUACCAUUGGCCGCGGCAGCGUCAUUGGCGCCGCCAGCGUCGUCACAAAGGACAUUCCGCCCGAGUCUGUAGCGGUAGGAAACCCUGCACGCGUCAUUAGAAAGGUUGACACCUCCAAGCCCCCUCAGUUUCAAUAA